AUGCCCGGGAUGGAGCUGCGGCUCGACCACUCGCAACGCGCGGCUACAAUGUCGGCGGGUGCAAGCGCGGGACUUGCCGACGCCUCACAGGCAUCACAGGCCUCACAGGCUAGUGCUGGCGUCCUUCCUCUGCUGGGAGGGAAAGGGAGCUACCCCAUCCGGUUCAAACUGAACGCGGCGGCCUACACACGGGAGAUCUGCCCGUGCGACGAUCAACCGGUGGGAAACAACGGCGCGGCGAAAGUUCUCCAGGGAGUCACUGACCCCAAGCUUUCCAAGGCCAAGCAGGUUCACAGCGGAGGGAAAGCUUCGACAGUCGACGCCGAACAAGCCCUUGUGGACUACAUCAACGAGCAGCGCAAGCAGCACCGUGGUUGUGGUAAUCGGGAGGUGAUGAACAAGCUGCUCGAGCUGAAGCCUGACGCCCUUGGCGGGAUGCCGGCGAAUGCGAAACCGGAGGAGGCGCUGGCUUUCAAGGUCAAAUUCAACUCCUGGUACCAACGGUUCCGCAAGCGGAAUGGGUUCAGCAUCCGCCGGCGUACCAGCGUGGGCCAGAAACUGCCCAAGGGGUUCGAGGGUAUGGCGUGAGCGACGGUGAUGAAGCUGCGCGAGGCUCUCGUAC